AUGUCCAACACCCUUCCGCCCGCUUCAUUACCCGCGUUCUCGACUCGCUCCCAUUCGACCCCUGAGGCCAGGCACAUACUAUGGAGACUACAAGGGCCAUUGUCCGACUCCGUCUUCGUCCUGCAAGAUCGGGAACGCAAGCCCUACGUUAUCGCCUCAGGCCCUGCAGGCAAUCCCGGCCUUCACCCGACUGCCCAAGCUUCACUUACGAACCCAAAAUCGGAUCAAUUACCGUCCACGUUGACGUUCUGCGGCGGUGGCAGGAGGAGUGGCUUGAACGACACGAACAGGCCCAAGAAGGCACAGCCCCUUGUCAGCAACGCGUCCGAUACCUACGUUACGGUUCACGACUAUCUUUCAGCUUUACACCUGUGGCUGAUGGGCUUACGUGACGAUAUCGUGAGGGCGGAUGACGUCUGGGAGGAUAAGACGCCGGAUAACUAUAGGAAUCCGGUGGGAAAUUUCACUCUGCCUAACUCUUUGAAAAUCGUGGAUGAGAAACAGUUUCUCCGUUGGUUCGGUGUGAUUCAGGCGCCUGAACCUGUGGGCAAGGAGCUCGAGAAAUUUUUGAAGAGGGUUUGCAGGCCUGGCGAACCGAGGAACCCAACUACCAAUACAUGUACAUCCCAGGACAGAACCAAUGAUUUGAAGCCCCUCGUGGUAUCCUGCGAAGAUGACACCGAAAAGACCUGCCUUCUUACAAGAGCCUACGGAGACACGCCCCUCUCAAUCACUAGCAUCAGACCGGCCCAACGAAUCCAGGACCCUAUGACUUUAUUUGACAGGGAACCAGCAAGUCACCCUCGGAUCAUAGCUCUUCUGGUUGGGCCCCAGUUCUUCACACCGCAAGCUCGUCGACGAGCCCCCGCCGGCAUCAUAACCCGUGUGCGUGACGCAGUCAAAGCUGGAGAUGCCAUCGCACGAGAACUUGCCGGGUCCUUCAUCCUUGCUGGCGUACUUACAGUUCUUCCGGCCGUGGAUGUCUCUAAUGGAGCUUAUGCUUUCCGGCCACGGCUUUGA